AUUCUUCGGCGUAAGCGGGAAGUGAGGAAGACAGCUAGUAUACGAGAGUUGUAUCAGGAGUCGAGCCGAAUCGAGUCGAGUAUAGGGAUUUGUAACAUGGAUAUAGUAAAUUACAUCCAUGGUUUGUAGUUUAUAGAUAAUCUGAUAAUACUCAUAAUACUACUACAGCACAGACAGCUACGGCAAGCUCCGAGGGUAAAACAACUAACCAGUCACCACCUGUAUUUAAUCACACGGUACACGAGUAAAGUUUGUAACUCUAUUUGCCUGCGUGUACAUAUAAACACCGAGUUGGCUGGAGAAGACAAAGCAGUUGACAGUGUAGAGUACGGGCAUGGCUAUUUCCUGGAAACAUCAUGUAAAAACGUAAACUCGAUUUGUAUCGAACUCGCGGAAAGAAGUACCGGUAGAAAAGAUUCCUUCUUUCAUUUUGGCCCAAAUCCUCUAGUCUGAGUCGACACAGCGUGCGCACGGAUUGGAAAGUUUGCAUCGUGGAAUCAGGAAGUCCAGUAAAAUGCUAAACCGUAAUCUGUGCCUGUCACUGUUAAGAAGUUGUCAGCUCUGAAACCAUCUCGUGAUGCUCGUUGGACCCAUAGAACAUGCGGCUGACAGCUGAAUCCAGGCUCUCUGUGAAGGAACUGAGCUCUGACAGUGGUUAAUCAGUGACUCCAGUGGGAAUGUCCUACUGGUCUGUUGGCCUUCCCCAGGACUCUGGAGACUCUACCAGCAACAUGGAGCAACAAAGCAGCCCUGGGGAGGAAAUGGGAGCCAAGGCAUCUUUGGUGGAUGGUAUGGGGCCUGGCUCUUCGCUCGCUCCCUCUCUCACUCUGGAGAACAUCCAGACAGCAUAUGAAGAUGGAGAGGAGUCCGCCAGGGAGCUGAUUCAACAAGCCUGCUGUGUGGAGUGCAGUGCAGGGACGCCCCGGAUCGACGGGGUACAUCUGUUGUGUGUGGCCACUCAGCAUGGUGAUCUGGAGAGCGUGUGUUACCUCCUAAAAGAAGCCCGGAUCUCAGUGCCCCUGGAGCCAUCCAACAGCAACCCAGCCAUCUUGGCAGCGUACUACGGCCACACCAGCCUGGUCAAAGAACUGCUCGACUCCAUACCUGGUCCAUGUCUGAGGAAAGACUUACUGAACUGGAUGCUGGCCACAUCUUGCCAGCAGGGUCACCUGGAUGUGGUCCGUCUGUUGGUCCACGGUUACGACGCUGAUGCCAAGGACUGUGCCAUCCACAGCGAUGAGUUUGCUGUUGUUACUGGACUGCCGCUGUACGCUGCUGCACGAGCAGGUAAUGAGGAGAUUGCUCGCUUCUUGCUGCAGAAUGGAGCAGGAUUCUCAUCAUACACCCUGAUCGAUCAUCCAGCCUUCAGCAAACACCUCCUCAGACUCAAACUACAGGAAACGUCCAACAGUGAGGUAAAAGAGGCUGUCAGUGUGUAUUGGAGUGGUCUGCAACUGCCCUGGUUGGACCUAGAUUGGUUCAUGGAUAUCUCCUCACGCAUCACCCACCUGGAUCUGUCCUCCAACAACCUGACUGCUCUGCCCUCUGUCGUGCCCUGGGGUCUCAUCCACCUUCAAACUCUGGAUCUUUCGAACAACCAGCUGAAAGAGCUGCCUCCUGCUCACAGCUCCCAGGAAGUCAUCUGUUCCAGUUUACAGCAGGUAAAUCUCUCUCAGAACCUGCUCACCAGUUUGCCACCUGGACUUCUCCAUCUGACCCGCAUCCAGAGACUUUCUGCUGCCAAGAACCAGCUCACAGUCCUGUUUGACAUCCCUGCUGCUACUAACUGGAUCGGUCUUCGUAAGAUGGAGGAGCUGGACGUGUCUGAUAACUGUCUGACCAGUCUGCCUGUGGCCGUCAUGCACCGUUUGAAAUCCCUGAGCUUCCUCAAUGUGUGCAGGAACAAACUGAGCUCCUUCCCUGACCCCUGGGCCUGUCCUCUGAGGCAAUGCAAAGCUUCUUCUAAUGUGAUUGAGAGUCUUCCUAACACGAUCUCCAUCUUCUGGAGGACUAAGCUGCAGGAGGUGGACUUCUCUGACAACAGCCUGAGGGAGCUGCCAUCGUACAUUUUUGAACUGGAGGCUCUGGUCUCAUUGAGACUAUGUGGGAAUCAUAUUUCGACACUCCCCGCUCCCAGUAAGUGGAAGUGCUCUCAGCUCAGGACCCUGGAUCUUUCCAGGAACCAGCUUGGCAAAACAGAAGAGGGGCCCAAAACCAGGAGGCUGGCCUUCCUGACUACAUGGAACAGGAGGGACCCAGACCCAGUGUGUCCCAUAGAGUUUCCCAUGAUACUGCGGGAUUCACUGGAAGUGCUUUACUUGAAUGACAACCAGCUGGAGUGUGUUCCUCAGUCAGUGUGUGGUCUGCACAGCCUCACUGAGCUCUACCUCUCCAGUAAUCCUGGAAUCCGGGAGCUUCCAGCAGAGCUCGGUCAGCUUUCCAACCUGUGGCAGCUGGACACCGAAGACCUCAACAUCACUAAUGUUCCUCAGGAAGUGAGGAAAGAAGGUCCUGCAUCUGUCCUGGCUUUCCUCCGGGCUCACCUUCGAAAAGCAGAGCCUUGUAGACUGCUAAAGAUGCUUGUGAUUGGUCCACCGAGGCAGGGGAAGACAGCCCUUCUGGAGGCUCUACAGACCGGCAGGGCGUCUGCCUUCACCCCAGCAGAGUGCAGCAUCUCCACCUCCACCUGGGAACUGGACAAACCCAACAGUGGCAAAAACAAUAAGGACUCGGUGGCAUUCAAUGUGUGGGACAUCGGAGGUCAAGUCAGCAUGUCCACAGUGAACCAGUGUUUCUUCACCGAUAAGGCCCUGUAUGUGGUGAUCUGGAACCUGGCUCUGGGAGAAGAGGCGGUGGCCAACCUGCAGACAUGGCUGCUCAAUAUUGAGGCUCGAGCACCCAACUCUGCAGUGGUGGUCGUGGGAACACAUCUGGAUCUCAUCGACACCAAGUUUCGCACCGAGAGACUGGCCACACUGAGAGCUUACAUUCUGGCUCUGUGCCGAUCCCCAUCAGGGGCUCGAGCCACCGGCUACCCUGACAUCACCUGGAAACACCUGCAUGAAGUGUCCUGUAAGACCCUGGAGGGUUUGGAGGGGCUGAAGAAGCUGAUAUACCAGGUGGCUCUCUCCAUGAAAGACUGUAGCAGCUCAGCAUGUGGCAGUAAAUUGCUGGGCAGACUGAUCCCCAGGAGUUAUCUGACACUUCAGGAAACAGUGAUCGCGGAGAAGCAGAGGCGAGAAGCUAAGGGAGAAGUCCAGUAUCUGACUGAUGCCCAGCUGGACCUCAUCAUUGAACAGAACCCAGGAAGUGACAUUAGAGACUAUGAGGACCUACAGACUGCCAUCAGCUUUCUGAUAGAGACGGGGACCCUGCUGCACUUCUCCGACACCAGCCACGGCCUUUGCACCCUCUACUUCCUGUGUCCUGUGUGGCUGUCAGAGUGUUUGGAGAGGAUCAUACACCUCAAGUCGUCUCGCUCUGUAGCCAGAAAUGGAGUUAUUCGAGCUGAGGACCUCAGGAUGCUGUUGGUAGGAACAGGGUUCACCCAACAGACAGAGGAACAGUAUUUCCAGUUUCUAGCCAAGUUCGAGAUCGCUCUGCCUGUGGCCAACAACAGCUAUCUGCUGCCCCACCUCCUUCCUCCCAAGCCUGCCCUGGACAUCCACGGCUUCCGGCAGCAGGUCACCAACACACUACAACGCCUUUUCAAGAUGAGCUUUGUUCCCGCUGGAUUUUGGGAGCGCUUCAUCGCCAGGAUGCUCAUCAGCCUGACAGAGAUGGACCUGCAGUCAUUUGAACCCAAGAGAAACACCAGGAACCAGCGCAACAGGAACUCUGUAAUCUACAGCUUUGCUGGAAGCCAGCAGAGAAACCGUUGCAGCACAUUCAGAGUCCGACGCAGCCAGACGAUCUACUGGAAGGAGGGGCUGCUGGUCACUUUUGAUGGAGGUUAUCUCAGCGUGGAGUCAUCAGACGUCAACUGGAAGAGGAAGAAGAGUGGAGGCAUAAAGAUCAUCUGUCAGUCGGAGAUGAGGGAUUUCUCUGCCAUGGCCUUCAUCACAGACCACGUCAACUCUCUGAUCGAGCAGUGGUUCCCUGCUUUGACAGCCAGUGAGAGUGAUGGGAGUCUCCUCAUCGAGCAGUAUGCCCCCUGUCCUCUCUGUGCCUCACUGGGUCAUCAGAAGCAGGGUGAGGUCCCAGCCAGCCGGCCCAGCCAGAGAAAUCAUGGAGCAACUGAUGGAGGAGGCAGAGGAGAAGCAGGAGAAGCAGGAGUUCAUUACUUUAACAUGGAGGACUGUGUGCUGGCUGCAGUGGAGAGGGAGCACAUCAUUUGUCCUCAGCAUCCUGACCAGCCAGUCCCCCUCCAGGAGCUGGUCCCAGAGCUCUUCAUGACCGACUUUCCUGCACGGCUCUUUUUAGAGAAAUCAAAGCUGGAGUACUCUGAGGAGGAGAGUAACAUCCUGGGCCAGGGUGGUAGUGGGACCAUCAUCUACCGAGCCCGAUACUGUGACCAGCCGGUGGCCGUCAAACGCUUCCACUUCAAGAAGUGUCGACAGCAGACCAUCAGCAGCGACACAGACACCAUGGUGAAACACCUGCAGUCUGCAGAUGCCUGUCGGAGCUUCUCUGAAUUUCGCCAGGAGGCCAGUAUGUUGCACUCUCUUCAGCAUCCCUGCAUCGUCUCUUUGGUGGGCAUCAGCAUCCACCCGCUUUGCUUCGCCCUGCAGUUAGCGCCUCUGGGCAGCCUCAACACUGUGCUGGAGGAGAAGCACAAAGGCAAAGGCUCAAAGUACAUGCCCCUCGGUCACAUGCUAACCUUCAGAGUAGCCUAUCAGAUUGCAGCAGGACUGGCAUAUCUACACAGGAAGAGCAUCAUCUUCUGUGACCUUAAAUCUGACAACAUCCUGGUCUGGUCUCUGCAGGUUCAGGAUCCAGUCAACAUUAAACUUUCUGACUAUGGCAUUUCUCGACAAUCCUUCCAUGAGGGUGCGCUGGGGGUCGAGGGCACACCGGGUUACCAGGCUCCUGAGAUCCGACCAGGCAUCGUGUAUGAUGAGAAGGUGGACAUGUUCUCCUAUGGUAUGGUGCUGUAUGAGCUGCUGUCUGGGCGAAGGCCAGCACUGGGACAGCACCAGCUUCAGAUAGCAAAGAAGCUCUCCAAAGGCAUACGGCCGGUGCUGGGCAGUCCAGAGGAGGUCCAGUUCCACUGCCUCCACAGCCUGCUGACUGAAUGCUGGGACACCAAGCCUGAAAAGAGGCCGGUGGCCAUGCAGUGUGUGAGGCAGAUGCAGGAGCCCACCUUCCCCUGCCUCAGGUAUAUAUUGUCCUGUGACAGUCAAUCACAGCUCUUCCUGUCCCAGCUGCAGGGAUACAGUGCUGUGUUCUGGUGCGGAGACAAGGACAACAGGAACUACAGUGUGGUGAAUGUGGAGAAGGGCCAGGUGGAGGUGAAGAGGAUGUCCUGUCCAGGCAGCAGGAUCAGCUGUCAGAUGAAAAUGUCUAACACUCUGUGGAUGGCCACUGAGGAGCAGGAAGUAUUUAUCUACAGUCUGAAGGACAUGUGUCCACUCAGUCAACCCCAGAAACAGUUCUCCUGUCCAGCUGUCAUCACCUGCCUGUUCCCUGUUCCAGCAAUAGAACAGAGCCUGGACAGAGUGUUUGCGGGAAUGUCUGACGGCCUGUUGGCGGUGUACAGCUUGGUGGAGGAGCUUCCUCUGGAGGGGGAAACCUACCUGUGUUCACACACCCUCAACAAAACCGUGUUUGGUCUGAAGGACUCAGAUCCCAGACAGAGACCCUACGCAGUCAGGAGCAUGGCCCUGGUCAGCAGUGGUUCGCAGUUAUGGUUCUCCAAUGGUCCGGGUGUGCUGGUCAUCGACUGUCUGAGUCUUAAGGCAGUUCGGAGGCUGGAGCCCUACAACCCGCCGUCCUCCAUCGUAUCCAUGGCAACCAGCUUCAGUCUGUGGGGAGAGGAGGCGGUCUGGACCCUGGAUGACCACAUCAACACCCUGCUGCUCUUUCAUGCUGCUUCCUAUGAGCUCUGUGCCAAGUACUGCUGCAGUGACAGCAACCCUCUACGAGACAUCUUCACUGUGCAGCGUCCUGCCGGGGUUACCAUGGUGACAGCCACUGACCUGAAGACCACGGACCAAGAAGAGAAAGUGGAAUGGACUAAUGGAGAGGUGACACUGAUCUACAGUGAGGAUGCAGGCACUCAGAUCAUCCAGCACCAGGAUUCAAUGACAGACUACUGCUCCAUCUCAUCCAACUGCUCCCUGGAGCCUCUGGGGUCAGACUGUUCCAACUCCGCCGACCUUGGUUCAUUAUCCACCCAUUGCAGCGUGGCACAGCCGGCAGACCAGGAUGGGACGGACAUCAGCCAGGACCAGCAGCUGUUCACCAGUCCUGAUCUGGACUCUACAGAGACUGUGAACCCCACAGUGCCUCAGCUGCAAGCCUUCAGUGUGCUGCCAGUGAAUGGAUCUUUGUGGAUCCCCAGGCGUGGAGGUGAUGUGAUGGUCAUUGAGAUGCAGCCACAUGGCGAUCAGCUGAGGGGGCGUGUCAUCGCCGUCCUCAGUCCACCUGGAUGUUCCUCUUUGGGGAUCCUGGAGGAGGCAGCACUAGUGGCAAAGGACACAGUUGUAUGUGGCUUUCAUAAGGAAAACAUGGAGUGGUGCCUGUGUGUCUGGAGGGGCUGGGGCUGCCGCGAGCUGGAAGUCUUCUACCAGUCCUACGAGGAACUGGGCCGCUUGGAGACCAGCAUGAGGAAAAGAAGGUAGCUGUUGUGCUGCGACAGCGAGGGCGCAGAAUCGCAGCUCUGUACGGAGGGCGAGCCGACGGGAAUACGCACCGACAGACUGCCAGUGUUCAGAGAAGGGGUGGGGUGGGGGGGAAUGCUGACAUCAGGGCAACUGAGGAGGGGGGAGGAGGUCGGGCCAUAAGGGCUGAGCCUCAAGCUGUGCACAGUGGUUAUAUCCCUUCACUACAUACCUCAGCACCUAUAAUAUGUUAAGACCUGAAAAAUCAGUAAUCUCACAGCAGACAUGAAAAGCCAUAAACCUGAGUCACAGAUCAAGGUUGCCAGAACAAAACUUUUUAGUAAGUGACUUUACUUAUGCACAAAGGUUUUAUUGUUGGUUGCAGUCUCAUAUUUAGUGCUAUUUGCCAUAUUUGGUCAGUUUGGUAUGACUGGGAUUCAGUUCAAGAUGUGGUGGACUGUUUGAAUCUGAUUCCAGCUGCAGUCUAUUGUUUAUUCUUUCUGUCUAUUUCAGUCUUCCUUCAUUUAACAACUCCAGUCUGCAACCUUAUGCAAUUUGGAAGUGACGCUGGAUGAGGACAUUUUUAAAGGGACAAGUAUUGACUGUUUUUUAAAAGGAACUGGCGGGAUGAAGCUGCUGGUUAACAGCUGUGUUCUACAAACAGACAGCAGGUUGUAGAUGGGUGGAUGGCAGCGACACUGACACUCUCACACAAACUCAGAACACAGUGUUCCUCUCUUUUCCAGUGUAUUUUAGCUCUAAACUGUGCCAUAUGAAUCUGCAUGCCAGCUACAGCUCCCACUGUUACCAAAGUGGCUUGCAAGCAACAAACUAACAUCUGUGUUCUGUGCAACAUUAUGCAACAGACCAGUUGUUCCCAGCUUUUGCCAUUAAGAGUUUUUGGCAGGUUCUUACAGAUAAAACACUUUCUUUUAAAUGAAGCUCCUUUUUGGCUUCAGACUUGCCUUCUGUUCCUCUGGCAUCAUUUUCAGUGUAAAAAAACAUGAAAUAUGUUCUUGGGGUUUGACCUCUCUAUUAAGCAGAAAGUGAUGUAGACAUAAUGCAGAAGACAGAAGCUGGUGCAUGUGCACAUUUUACAUAAUGUAGACAACAACAUUGGCUCAGUACGUCCAUGUUGGAUGUUGUUUCCUUGGUUGUCUUUAUUAAAACAACAUGCUGUGAUGAAUUCUCUCAGCUGCAGUUUGUUUGGCUGGGCUGUAAACAGAUCCACCAGUUGUUCUUGUUCUGUUGUAUUUGACAGAGUAACUGGCCAAGGAGUGUUGGCUGUCCCCAGUGGCCAGUGCAGGUAUAAUUUCAAACAGAACUUUGGGAUGUUUUAUUAAAAUACACAUGAUGUUACAACCAGGUGCUCAAUCUUUACCAUCCCUUACUGUAUAGUAGAUUAUACCAGUCGAUGUUAGUCUGUUGAGAAUACUUUCAGAAACUCUGAUCAAAGAAACCCCUGAAGGGAAAGCCCACUCUGUUACAGAUGUUAGAGGAACAGAGUUUAUCUAUAAGAGAGAGGGAACGACUUUGGCUCUGUGUAGGCUAAGCCGUAGCUGAAUAAGUCAAAUACCUUUUAAAGUGUAUCAUGUGUGUCAGUGCAUUUGCUUUGAGACCUCACCCGCCAGGUCUGUAAUCACAUGGGAUCCUACUGACAGAUAAAAUGUUUCUUACCAGAUCAUAUCAGUUAUUUCCACAGCAGCACCCAUAAUCGGACUGCAAGAAAGGGAAGCAAAAACACAGGGAAAAUGUAAGAAAAAUGUAAGAAAAAUAACCUAAAUGCAUGGGACUCAUGCUAAUUUUAUUAGAUGAGGUCACUUUAAAGAUCAUUUCCAGUCAUUUUUACAUUAGAGACGUGGCAGAUUCACAUGGGAUCAAAAAGGCACGAUGCCGCUGAUCAACAGGGCUUAGAAGAUCAAUGCUCCCCACGUGGUUUUACAUAUUUAAAGCAACACUAUGUAACUUUUGCUGAGCAGCAGCAGCCUAAACAGCCACGGGUGGUAAUUAGGUGCAGGACUCUGGCACAUUUAAUUCUGUCAGGCUGAAUCUGAGCAGUUGGGAGCAACACACUCCCUAGAAGCUAAAAGCUCAAAGAAAGCCUGAACUGAAACAUGGCAGAAUGAUGUAUAUUCCUAAUGAUCCACAGCUUCCAGUACCAGAAGUGCUGCUGGUAUAACAAAGACACCAAACUCUGUUUAGAUUUCUUAAUAUUUUAAUUUGCUAGGCCUGAUUUCGGCAUUCGCUGCCCAAUCAACCCAAGUGCAAGGCAUUUGUGGCUCGGAGUGGGAAUGACAGAGGCAUCAUUCUCCCUGUUAUUUUAAGGUAAAACAGUGGAAAUGAUGUUGCUUUAAAUCUUUUUAUUAUUGUUAUUAUUCCAUCCAAAAUAGUUUUAUUGACUUACAUGAGCACAUUUGCAGUUCUACAGUUGUCAGUAAAGACAUGUACAGUCCAGGGCAGCCUUUACAUAAGGCAGAAGUUAUUUAUUUAUCAGAAUGUGAAAUGAAAGUAUAUUGCAAUAGAAGUUGUUGUGUACCUGAUCACUGUACAAUAUUUUACUUAAUAAAGUUCUUAUGAUAAUUCUGUUAAA